UGGAGACUGUCAAGAAGUCGAAGCAGUCAUUGAUUUUGUUAAUUGUUGAUCUUAGUAACACACACCUUUGCUCACACCUACCUAGCAACACUACCAUAUAAAAGUAAGGUCCCGCGCUGGGUAGAGUCAUUCUGUAUCUUCAAGUUGAACAAUAAACACCAUUAAUUAGUAAUCAAUCUGAAGUACAUCAGUUGGCGACGAGGAUUAAUCACGAAUUCAUCGCUUUGGAGGAAGAGCUGCAGUUCCAAGAUCCAAGAUGGAAGAACUUUACCAACAGAUCCUGUGGCAGAACCAGCAGAUGGCGGAGCAAAACGCUCGUUUGGUCCAGAUGAUGGAACGCUUCGGCUUUCAAGAAAGCGGUCCCAUUCGGUCAGCGGGCAACCCGGAAUUCAUACUAGAAUCUCUGGCAUCCAACAUCAAGGAGUUCAUCUACGAUCCCGAGAACGGCCUGGUUUUCGAACGCUGGUACAGGAAAUACGAAGACCUCUUUCUCAAGGACGGAGCAAACUUGGACGAUGCGGCUAAAGUUCGGUUGCUGUUACGAAGCCUCAGCGUAACGGUCCAUGACAAGUACGUCAACUUUGUCCUUCCGAAGCACCCUCGAGACUUUUCGUUCGGAGAAACAGUGAAGAAGUUGACGGAGCUGUUCAGUACCCGAAUCUCUUUGUUCAGCAAGCGGUACAAGUGCUUCCAGAUUACCAAGAACGAAGCGGACGACUUUUUGACGUAUGCUGGAACGGUGAACCGGUGCUGCGAAGACUUCGAGCUCAACAACAUAACGGCGGACCAAUUCAAAAGCCUGAUCUUCAUAUGUGGACUACGAUCAUCAAAGGACGCUGACAUCCGGACGAGGCUCUUGUCUAAGCUAGAGGCCAACACAGAAGGUGAAUGCACCCUGGAGUCACUCAUUUCCGAGUGCCAACGCCUACAGAACCUCAAGCACGAUACAGCCAUGGUGGAACAGAGGAAACCGGUAAGCUCAAUCUGUGCAGUCAAGCAGACCAAGCCCCGACCGUUUCCAACCGGUUCUAAGGAGAAGAUGAAAACGAAAUCCGAUGGUCCGAAAACUCCCUGUUGGCGAUGUGGCGGAAUGCAUUACGUCCGGGACUGCACCUAUACGAAGCAUGUUUGCCGGGACUGCAAGCAAACCGGCCACAAGGAAGGUUACUGUGGAUGCUACACAUCCAAGUCGACGACGUCCAAGAAGAAGAAAACCGUCAACGGCAUUUUCUGCAUCAACCAGGUGAGCUGCACAUCAAGGCGAAAGUUCCUGACUGUGGACAUCAACGGGUCACAAGCUACUCUUCAGUUAGACACUGCGUCGGACAUCACCAUCAUUUCGCAGAAGGUGUGGAGGAAGAACCUGGGAUCGCCAUCACUCGCAACCACAACACGGACUGCCAAGACAGCGUCGGGAAAUCAACUCCAUCUUCUCGGUGAACUCCAAUGCUCAGUCACGGUCGGAGGAGUCACCAAAACCGCAACUUUCUAUGUAACCAAAAACGGCAUCAACCUGUUCGGAUUGGAUUGGAUCGAGCUAUUCGAACUGUGGCAUACACCGCUGUCUUCGAUCUGCAAUCAAGUCCAAGCCACUUCAGAUCACAUCAAUCAAGUCGAUCGGUACAAAGCUGCGUAUCCAGAAGUCUUCAAGUCCGGCCUUGGACACUGCAAAAAGAUGAAAGUACGACUGUAUCUCAAGCCCGAUGCUAGACCCGUUUUCAAGCCUAAACGACCGGUUCCUUUCACGUCCAUGGAGAAGAUCGACGCAGAGUUGGACCGUCUCCAAUCAUUGGGAAUAAUCGAACCAGUGGAUUUUUCACAGUGGGCUGCUCCGAUCGUUGUCGUGAAGAAACCUGGAGGAAAAGUUCGAAUAUGUGCUGACUACUCAACAGGAUUGAACGCUGUCUUGGAGCCGAACCACUAUCCACUACCAGUUCCUGAUGACAUCUUUACGAAGCUCAACGGUUGCCGGUAUUUUAGCAUCAUCGACCUCAGCGACGCCUACCUUCAAGUGGAAGUGGACGAUGAUUCAAAACAGCUGCUCACAAUCAACACUCACCGAGGACUUUUCCGAUUCAACCGGCUCGCACCUGGUGUCAAAUCUGCUCCCGGGGCCUUCCAGCAAUUGAUGAAUACCAUGAUCGCUGGUCUCAAAGGAGUGGAUUCGUUUUUGGACGACAUUUUCAUCUACAGCAAAACCGAAAAGGAACAUCACCAGAUUCUCAACGCACUAUUCAAACGACUUCAAGAUUAUGGUUUCGUUUUGCGCGAAGAAAAGUGCAACAUUCUUCAGAGUCAAGUGAAGUUUCUGGCACACAUCGUAGACGAGAAAGGCCUCCAUCCUGACCCAGCCAAAGUGGAUGCCAUUGUGAAGAUGCCGCCUCCCAAAGAUGUCACAACCCUACGUUCAUUCCUUGGUGCAGUAAACUUUUAUGCGAAGUUCGUGCCCGAAAUGCAUCAACUGCGACGCCCGCUUGACGCAAUGCUCAAGAAAGACGCAAAAUUCGUUUGGACCAAAGAAUGCCAGAGAUCGUUCCAGCGUUUCAAAGAGGUACUCCAAUCGGAUUUGCUCCUGACUCAUUAUGACCCUUCAUUGGAUAUCAUUGUUGCUGCCGAUGCAUCGCAAUCUGGAAUCGGUGCCUGCCUUCUACACAAGCUUCCGGAUGGUUCAAUCAAAGCCGUGGCACAUGCAUCUCGAUCACUCACUCCGGCAGAGGCAAAUUACGGACAGAUAGAGAAGGAAGGACUCGCACUGGUGUUCGCUGUAACAAAAUUCCAUCGAAUGCUGCUAGGUCGCAAAUUCACUCUCCAGACGGAUCACCAACCACUCCUGCGAAUUUUUGGACAAAAGAAGGGAAUUCCGGUUCAUACGGCCAACCGCCUUCAACGUUGGGCUUUGACGCUUCUAUGCUAUGAUUUUGAAAUCGAGUACGUGUCCACAACUCAAUUUGGAUAUGCCGACGUUCUCUCUCGCCUCAUCGACAAUUACGUCAAACCAGAGGAAGAUUUCAUCAUCGCAUCCAUUCAAUUAGAAGGCGAUAUCGAAAUUCCGCUUCAAGAAGCUAUCAGCUCGCUACCCGUGACAUUCAAGUCGGUUCGUGAUGCUACUCUCAAAUGUCCAGUCCUACAGCAAGUGACAAACUUCAUCAAGAAUGGGUGGCCUUCCAAACUCGACAACAUCACCAGCACGGCAGUACAACCCUUUUUCGCUCAUCGAGACGCACUAUCAGUAGUAAAGGACUGCAUCAUGAUGUCUAACCGUUUGGUCAUUCCGGAAAACUACCGUCAGCGUAUUCUCAAGCAACUCCAUAGAGGACAUCCAGGAAUGGAGAGGAUGAAAGCUGUUGCACGCAGCUACGUGUAUUGGCCAAGGAUCGAUGACAACAUUGCCGAUUUUGUUAGAAGUUGUGAAAGCUGCGCUAUCCAUUCGAAAACACCGACGAAAGUUCCUCUGCAAUCCUGGCCACUAACCAAAUCUCCCUGGGAACGUCUUCACAUCGAUUUCGCUGGCCCGCUCAACGGUUUGUACUUUCUGGUAGUUGUUGACGCUUUUUCCAAGUGGCCAGAAAUUCGCAUCGUACGAUCCCCGACAACAGCAGCAGUAACCGAGUUCCUGAACGAGCUGUUUUCACGUUUUGGAAUUCCCAACGUCGUAGUUUCUGAUAAUGGAAGCCAAUUCACAUCGGAACAGUUCGCAGUUCUGUGCAGAAGAAACGGCAUUCAACACUUUCGGAUAUCACCGUAUCACCCUCAGUCCAAUGGUCAGGCGGAACGAUUUGUCGAUACUCUGAAAAGAUCUUUGCACAAAAUCAACGAGGGGGAAAACAUGUCAGAAACGCUCCAGACUUUCCUUCAAGUAUACCGGACCACUCCAAGUCGUGUGCUGAACGGCAAGACUCCAUCGCAGCUGAUGCUUGGUCGGAACAUGAGGACAACUCUGGAUCUGCUCCAUCAUGAACAACCACCACAGGCAAUUCGCAAUCACCACCAAGAAGAGCAGUUCAACCGAAAGCAUGGAGUAACUACACGAGACUUUCAUCGAGGUGACAUGGUCUACGCCAAGGUCUACAGCAGCAAUACCAAGUGGCAGUGGGUUCCCGGCGUCAUCAUUGAAGCUAUCGGACGAGUCAACCAUAACGUACUAUUGGACGACUGGCAUGGACGAAAGAAGCUGAUAAGGUCGCAUUCAAACCAACUCAAGCUCCGUUUCAAUGAAGCAUCGGUCGCAACGGAUUCAACCGCCUUGGACAUCCUGGUAGACAUGUUCGGUCUUCAAACAAGAUCACCGGCAUUGCAAGUCCAAAGGAUUCAACCCGAGCAAGAGACGAUUCCAAUUCCAUCAACCUCCAGUUUUGAACCACAGCCUGAAAUGGAUGAUCAAUUACCGGCAGUUUCAAAUCAACCAGGACGCACUGAGGACGGUUCCGAGUCAAUGAUAGAGCAUGGUCGAGCCGAACAGCCAGAACUAAUCGAUGACACCAAUGAUCCACCGGUCGAGGUCAAUUUCGCACCAGCAAGAUCAAGCCGCCCUCAAAGAACAAUUCGGAUGCCUUCCAGAUUUGAACCAUACCUACUUUGGAGAUAAGAAGGGAGGCAUGUUGGAGACUGUCAAGAAGUCGAAGCAGUCAUUGAUUUUGUUAAUUGUUGAUCUUAGUAACACACACCUUUGCUCACACCUACCUAGCAACACUACCAUAUAAAAGUAAGGUCCCGCGCUGGGUAGAGUCAUUCUGUAUCUUCAAGUUGAACAAUAAACACCAUUAAUUAGUAAUCAAUCUGAA